AGUUUUGUUUCAAUGGUGACGUCCCCUGGUUGCCUGUGCUGCUUCCCACAGCUCAUCUCAAUGCGCUUCGGAAUGUCAGCGGCAAUCGGGGUCAGAGUUUAAAUCAUUUGAACUUUCAGCGCAGCGCUCGCGGGCAGAGCGGUUUGGUCCGCUGAUCGGACGAUGCGAAAGUUUUGACUCAGGCGCUAUACCCGUGCACACUAACAAGAACGAUUGACUUUGGGCUGUCGGUAUAACGUUAGCAGAAUGGCAGUUUUAUAUGUCAUUUUGAGCUGGACGGUUAUGUUUCUGCUAUUUCUGGCUUUCAUAGCGUUUCUUAGUUUCUGCCUGUACAUGAAACACAUUCAUAACAAAUAUGACCACAUACCGGGGCCACCGAGAGACAGUUUUCUCUUCGGACAUUCACCAUCGUUUUUGAGGGCAUUGAAAAAUGACGAAGUUAUAUUCGACACGUUCCUGGAAUGGGCCGAGAAUUAUGGGCCUGUUUGCAGGCUGAAUCUUCUGCAUUAUGUUGUAAUACUUGUAACCUGCCCAGAGGGAACUAAGGAGAUUCUGAUGUCCCCAAAGUAUCCAAAAGAUUACUCCUACAAGAGACUCUCCCAACUGUUUGGUCUAAGGUUCCUAGGUAAUGGCCUUGUAACAACACAAGAUCAUGAACUGUGGUAUAAACAGCGCCGGAUCAUGGACCCCUUGUUCAGCAGCUUGUAUUUGAGAGGGCUAAUGGACACCUUCAACGAGAGGGCAGAGAAACUCAUGACUAAACUUGUGGAAGUCGCUGAUAACCAAACAGAGGCCAGCAUGCUCCGCCUUGUCAACUUUGUUACUCUUGAUGUUAUCGCUAAGGUUGCUUUUGGUAUGGAUUUAGACAUGCUCAAGAAUAAGUCAGUCUUCCCUGACGCCAUCCAGAAAUGUCUGAAAGGGAUGGUCUUCAAUAUCAGAGACAUCUUUUUUCAGUACAAGCCAAAGAACCGACCAUUCGUUAAAGAAGUGAGGGAAGCUUGCCGCCUGCUGCGCACAACCGGAGCUCAGUGGAUUCAUGACAGAAAGACGGCCAUGCAAAAUGGCGAGGAUGUCUCCAAGGACAUCCUCACCCAGAUCAUCAAAUCAGCGGGAAAAGAGGAAAGCAUGACUUCAGAAGAUGAAGAGUUAAUGUUGGACAAUUUUGUGACAUUUUUCAUUGCGGGCCAAGAAACAACAACCAAUCAAGUGGCUUUUUGCAUCAUGGAGCUUACAAGACAUCCUGACAUACUGGAGAAACUGAAGAAAGAGGUGGAUGACGUCAUCGGGAUGAAACGUGACAUCAGUUAUGACGAUCUGGGGAAACUGGUCUACCUCUCACAGGUGCUAAAAGAGACUCUGAGGAUUUACCCGACGGCUCCAGCCACAACUCGUGAUGUACCGAAUGACAUUGUCAUUGACGGUAUCCACAUACCUAAAGGAGUCGCGUGCUUUUUCAGCUCCUAUGUGACUGGGAGAAUGGACAAAUUCUUCAAGGACCCGCUGAAAUUUGAUCCAGACAGAUUUCACCCAGAUGCUCCCAAGCCUUAUUACUGCUACUACCCCUUUUCCCUCGGUCCACGCUCAUGCCUGGGACAGACCUUUGCACAGAUGGAGGCCAAAUUGGUGAUGGCAAAGCUGCUCCAGAGGUUUGACUUUACCCUUUCGCCGGGUCAGACCUUUGACAUCGUGGACAAUGGCACACUCAGGCCGAAGAGCGGAGUGGUGUGCUCUGUGAGACACAGGAAUGACAAGAAAUAGAUGGUCAUACUGUACCAUAUAACAUAAGAAGAAACCGUAAUGUUUCAUGUGGUGUAAUUGGGUUGUUGGGUUGCUUAUGUUAGCUUACUGCCUGCGACUUUGUACUCCUGCCCCAGCCACAAGCCUCUUAUGCUGCAGAGUUGUCUUUAGCACAAACACUUAAAUGCUGAAUUCACCAUUUUUACAUUGAUCAACUGUUUGUCACAUUAUUUUACUGUACUAUGCACUCAACCUGCUGUGUAUUUGGCCAUUACUGACAAUGUACACAGGGGGGCGCUGUGACCUUACAAAUAAAUCUCAAUAGCACCUGUUAAAUGUCAAUUU